AUGGCCAUGAUGACAGUGUAUGAGGUCCAGUAUACACGCCUUCCGGCCUUCCAUGCAGCCAUCUAUAUACAGCGAGACGAAGCAGGAGGCCUGUUGUACCACGCCGUCGGCUCGGGCGUCGCUGGGUUCCAGUACGAAGCAUGCGCAACCAAGCGGCCUCAGAAGACCAGGAGCUUUUACAGGAUGUGGCCAAAGGGAAGAGUGGCUGUGCAGGAUCUGCCUCGAGUCGACUUGAUCUGUCAGGAAGUCCCCGUCCCUCGCGUCCAAAUGGUUUCGGGAGUGCACAUUCAGCGAGACUGCCGGCAUUGGGUGUAUGAAGCCCUCAAAGACUUGCGGGCGGCAGGGGUUCUCCAAGAGAUAAGCCAGAAACAGUGA